UUGGCCCCCAGGAAGCGCGUGCUUAGUAGCCAAUCAGAGACCCGAGAUUUCAGAGCAUUGUUUAUCGCGAGACCUCGGCUCUUCCUUUUCCCUUUUCGCUCUGAGUCCAAGAUGGGAGUUGACAUCAGACACAACAAGGACCGUAAGGUGCACAGGAAAGAGCCAAAGAGCCAGGAUAUCUAUCUGAGACUCCUGGUCAAGUUGUACAGGUUCCUGGCCCGUCGCUCUAAUGCUCCCUUCAACAAGGUUGUCCUGAGGAGGCUCUUUAUGAGCAGGACCAACAGGCCUCCCAUCUCUGUCUCCCGCCUGAUUCGUAAGAUGAAGAUGCCCGGCCGUGAGAACAGAAUCGCUGUUGUUGUGGGAACCGUCACUGAUGAUGUCAGGAUUCAGGAUAUCCCCAAGCUCAAGAUCUGUGCUCUGAGGGUGACCGAUGGUGCCCGCAGCAGAAUCCUGAAGGCAGGCGGUCAGGUGAUGACCUUUGACCAGCUGGCUUUGGCUUCUCCCAAAGGACAGGGCACAGUGCUGCUGUCAGGACCCCGCAAAGGCAGAGAGGUGUACAGGCACUUUGGAAAAGCCCCUGGAACCCCUCACAGCCACACCAAGCCCUACAUCCGCUCCAAGGGCAGGAAGUUCGAGAGGGCUCGUGGUCGCAGAGCCAGCCGUGGCUACAAGAACUAGUCUGUCGUUUUGUUUUCCAUGCAAUCUGAUAAAAAUAAAAGAUUGGCUGUACAAAAUGA